CGCAGACGUGUUGAGCCAAUGAGAAAUGAGGUCAGCGAUGUAAACAGAGGACUUUCACGCCGAUUCGAUCUUCACUAGGUACUUGGAGUGGAGCAAAAGCUCGCGCGUUUCCUUGGUGAACAUUUAUCGAAUAUUGGAGGUUGGUCUUCAUGUCGCCCCCCGCGGAGUGACGAGUGUCCGCCGCGGUAUGAAGGACCGUGUCAAGAUGACGGUCAGUGGGGAGGUCACCCGACAGCAAGUCCUGGAACUGGACCUGGAGAAGCAGGUACGCAGCCUCCAGCUGGCCCAGGAACAGAACCAGGAUCUGUUUGCAGAUUACCUGUGGAUGGAGAAUGAAGAGGAGUUUAACCUCCAGGUGGAGGAGCAGCUGCGCGAGGAGGACUUCAUCGAGCGCUGCUUUCAGGAGAUGUGGGAAGAGGAAGAGCGCGACUGCUUCAUUCCGUCCCGGGAUCUCCCUGCGCUGCUGCCAGCCGUCGAGCCUGUGCGCGCUCUGAGCUACAGCAGCGCACUCAACCCAGAUGCCAAAGAAUUCAUCCCGGCCAAACCUCAGCACACCAUGUGACGGGACACGCACGCGGCCAAAGUUCUGUUUUGGAGAGUCCCACGUUUGUAACGCAGAAGUCCUUUGCUACUGGCUCGAUACUGGAACUAUAAAGAUGCACGGAAAACAAUAACUCUACGCCUGUGUGUGCGCGCGCGCGUGACGAGCCACCUUCUGGUGAGGACCUUGAUCUUGGCCGGUCCUCAUUAAGUUUUGACGGUCAAACGAGGUCAUUAUAACUGGGGUUCAGAGUCCUGGUGAAGGUCAGCCAUGUGUUAUGAAGCAGAAUCAGAAUCCAAAAACUUUACUAAUCCAAAGGGAAUUUUGGUUCCUAACUUACUUUGGAUGGUUAGAUGUAAGGGGGAGGCUGGGGAAAGAGUUGUGGCCAUCUGUAUAGACCAGCAGGGGGCGCCAUCCGUCUUUUUUAUCAUUAGCUUUCUGCGACGGUCACCCGAGGCACUUUGUGCAUUUGCAAUGUUGGGGAGGGGCUCGACUCGCAGGCAAAAUGGUAGGUAAAAAAUUAACGACUUUUUUUUGUCACAUUUAAAUUUUAAAGUCUCACUUUGUUCACAAUUAUUUAUUUAGUACUAAGCCUAUUGUCAUCAACACAGGUUCACGUCUCCAAGUCUUCAGCACAAAAGCACAUUAUUCUUAAAUGAACACACACACGCCAGACUGACCGUCCAGACCUGAACACUCCGAAGUCCCUCUGCUCCUCAAGCUCAAGGUCACGUCCAGACUACCAUGUUUGAAAGCAAGUGCCUGUGGUAAUGCAGUUUUGUUGGCAAACACAAAAUCAUGUCGCGCGUAAAGUUGGACGUAAGUGUUGAGGGAUAAUGUGGCACACCAACCUAUGCACAACAAGCAGACCUGCAGCACACAUUUGCCCACACGGAUGCUCCUGUUCAGGUCACUACUACAGCAUUUCCACAAAGUGAAGGGUUCAACUGAGGUAGACUUGCACUUCAUGAUACGACCAAAGUCCUGAACCAAAGCCAACAGCCGAACAGUGAGGAGCUCAAAGAAUCUUCUCCCCUAAAACAAAGUGGCCUGACAGUCUGGACCCAAUUCUGCCCCAACUAGACCAACAACUCCCAAAUCUACGUGCGUGCGUGGGUGUGUGCACGUGUGCCUCUGCUGGUACCCGAACAGACCGCCUCAUGAUUAUUUGAUGUCGUGGGUUCUGGUUCUGACGACGGCUGCUAAUUGGACUAAAUUAAUUGACCUGCGGCGCCCAUGUUGGUGAAUAAGUGAUGCUCGUCGGCGCCACCGACUGUUUGAAUCAUUUAAGCUACAAUCUGCUAAUUAGCAGCGAGAAGAAGCCGCUUUCAGCCACAAUUACCAGCAGCUCUGUCAGUCUGGGGCUUCAUCUACUCAUCCUCUGAGCAGAUGCUGACGGGGGGCUUGGAUGGAGCAGGAGCUGAGGGAGAGGGGGAGUUGGCAUGUGGAUGGAGGAGGAGGAACCCACCAACAUGUGAUACACUUGAUAAAGCAGCACUGGAGUGCAGGUGUGUGUGUGGUGAUACAACAGCUGAGGACGGAUACACACAGUUUUCAAACACACUCUUGAACAAGACGCAUGCCGUGUUCUGUUCUGUUACUGCAGCCCAACACAGCAGAGGUCAUGUAGUUCAACACUGACCCAGAGCUGGUGGCUGUCUACACAUGGAGAGGAAAAGAAAUGUGAUGUUGGUCACGAGUGCCUGUGACGGUUCACAGAAACGUGUGCAGAAACUGCAAGGUUUGUUGACGGAUGCUUAUGUAUUGGGACCCUGUAGGACGCUCAGGCGGUUGGCAGGGUUCCUUGCGCUGCUCCCGCUCUUCCUACAGAGUCUUUGAUCAGGAAGCCUGUGCCGCCUCGUCGACUGUAAUGAGAUGUGGAGGAUCUGUGCGGACGCUGGGAAUUGCCGGUGAGCUGAAAAACUGCGGCCUGGGAUUUGGGAGUGGGCACAAACAAAAUUUGAAGGAGUUGGUGGGAGAUCUCUAAUGGUUUGGCAGGCAGUCUUCCUUGCAUCCUCGCGUUAAUUUCCCACAUGCCUGACGGUGGUAGACAUCUGGCAGUGGAGCUUCAGCGGCGCCCCCUGACGAAGACGCGUCUCUGUAAACGCACCAGCUGACUGGCGUCCAGUUUGUUCAUCAGGCUCUGAAGGACAGGUGGCCCUCGGUGUCUGGGUGGAGGAGAUGGUACCAUGCAUGCACAUCCCCACAAUCCUGUGGCCAGACAGUUUGUUCAAAAUGAAAGUUUGUGUUUCCAUGAUGACCCAGACCCAGACUCACAUGUGCUCCUGGCCAGAGAAGGAUUGUGGUGCAGAGACACAUCAGGACUUUCAAGAAUUCCAGGGCAGCUUGUCAGAAUUUAUGAGUGGUGGGAAAAGGGGCCACAUGUUCCAUUAAGAAGUGAUGAGUCAAGUCCCGGAAGACUCUGUCUGUCCUCCUCCAGAUGGCCCUCCUCCUGCUGACAAGGACUCCUCAUGCUCCUGCUGAUGCCUGUGCUUCCUGGUCUCCAUGGGAACAGUGCUGUCAGUCAUCUUGGAAUAUUGAAGAGGUGGGAGUACUGUGAAGUGGCCUGUUGACGGGCAGCUCGCUACUGGACAAACAUGGAUGCCACACAAUCCAGUGAGUGUUUGGAGGUGGGUAUUUAAGAACAUGACAAUGUGUGUGAGAACUGAGUAGAUGAUAAGAUGAGGCCCGUAUCUUCACUUCACUUACACACGUCACGGUAGUUACUGCCAUCAGCACCAUUGUCUCCAUGUCAGUCAAGGAUUAAAAGCUGGACAAUGAUCAGGAUCUGGGCCAGAACCUCCUCACCAUGACGACUCCCUGUCACUGUGAGUCGAUUUUAUAUCAUCGUUUUAGAGUCGAACUGCUUCACUUUCAGACCUCAAUCUGGACCGGUGAUAAAGGACAAAGUGAUGUCAUCAAUAAUUGAUCUUUUGGCCAUUAAUUAAUCAUUUAACAUCUCGUGGACAUCAAUUAUAGAACUUGUUUUUGUUUACUUGAGGUCUCCAUGGAAACUGUGUGUUAGCCAACUGAGAUACUGGUUGAGCUGGAGGAACCGCCUUCAUCUCUGAGCCUUUGUUUAGGAGAGACGAACCCAUGUCCCUCUCCCUCAGGUCACGACACGCCUCCUCCUGUUUCAGAACACACCUGCACAGAUACUUUACAACAGUGUUUUUCAACCUCUUUCUAGCCACGACACCAAACUCCCAGGGCUCACCACCAAAGGAACCUGGGCCAAAGCACACUUGUGCUUAAAGUCCUAUAGAAAAUCCCUAUUCAUUGGUGAAACACCCUAGCUACUGACACUAGUUUGUUAUUUUGCCAGGCUAUUUGUAGAAACAAACUGCGCAAAAUGUUUUUUUUUUUCAAAUGCUUUUUUUUCCAGACGAAAUCCUUAGCAUUCUUUGCCUUUCUUGCUUCACAUUUUGGAGCGCAUUAUUUUUGUUGUGCAUCUAGUUUUUUGCCAACUAUUAAACCACAAAGCAAACUUUGACUGUCCAUGAGUAUCAAUAAAGUUUUGAAGUGAGACGUCACGUUAGCCGUUAGCUCUGUUAACUCUGUUAGCUCUGCCGUGCAGACAGUCUUUGGCAUGGUGGCAGCUCCGACAAGGAUCCCUCCCUCCCUCCAUGGUUCUGUGGAGAAAGUGUGUGGUCCAGUUAGAGGCGCAUCAGCUUUCAAAACAGCUGGAAGUUGCGCAUGUGAGCGCCGCGCACCACAGCAGCGCUGCUUUGACUGAGGGACAGAUGAGCGCAUCAACACACUGGAGCUCUACAGUAGAGUGGAGAGAAAGAAUGGCACCAAUCCACCUUGGCUGCUCCUCAAUAUCUUCAAAGUGUUCAUCAUUUAAUGUCAUCAUAUCGCCCACGUCUAUCUCCGGACACAUGAGGUGAAACCAGAUCAUUUUCCUACACCACACCUCUCACGACACACUAGCGCUGCUUGACAACAUCAGAUCUUCGUCAUCAGCAGUUUAUAAAUGAUGGUCAAGCUUGUGAUGAUGAUGAUGAUGAUGAUGAACACACACACACACACACACACACACACACCCAGCCUGCCCUUUUCCCUCUUCAAGCUCAUUACCUGCUCCACCUUGUUGCCGCCGCUCGCUGAGACACCAACAACGGUCGGAGUGGAAUUAUUUUUGAAAUUUAAACAAUCAUGUUUGGCGUCUGCAGCUCAGAAGCUCGAACUGCCGACCUUCAGUAAUUAACCCCCGAGGGUGCGUUAUUGGCAGAGAUGCGGUCCUUGGGGCCACAGAGUCUCCGACCCGUUAAUUACCGCCUCAAAGAUAAUCUCCUAGCCCAUGAUUGACAGACACG